CGCCCCCUGGCCCAAUCGUCGACUGUCGCGACGGUCCAGCUCAGGGACGUUGGCGGAUAGAGACGAAGCCUGUGUGUUGCGGUAGUCUAGUGGUGGACUGAGCCUAGUGCUAUAUGGCUGGUCGUCUGGAAGGCGAGCUGAUGACGUGGUCUCCUCGUCCAUUGAGCAAGAGGAAAAGCGUACUCUUCAACCCAUACAAUGUCCUGGAGACAGUGAAGGGAGUGGACGACUGGUGGAGUGAGGGGGACUACCUUUGUCGAGGGGGAGGACUGGGCUACUGGUUGGCAGUGUCAGAGCAAAGGAGGCAAGAGAUCGAGAAGCAGUAUGACGAUCCUGAUGAGCAGAAGAUGAAGCUGAUCGAGUGCUGGAUGACACACAUCUUUGCCUCAUGGCAGUGGCUGAGUCGUGCAGUGGGGCGUGUGGGGCAGACCCAGCUAGCCCCUCUCAUCUCCUCCUAUGAUCAACCCACCACUGGUAUGGAGUCAUUUAAAAACGCUACAUUUUAGUCUUAUCGUGGUGGACGGGCUUAGUACCAAAAUCUAGUCUUUCCACGAACACAAUGCUCUCUGUCGCAGUAGGAGUGAUGUUCGAUAGAGAGCAGAGAGAGCCUUCUCUCGCUG